CCGCUCGUGAAAUUCUGGGUCAACGGCCGGAUUUCGUGGCGAAAACUUGGUGUGCCGCUAUGUUCGGCAAGGUUUGUCCUGUCCUCUGGCGUGACGUGAGCUUUAGCCUAUCCGCUGCUACCAGCCACGGGAUAUGCCAAUCAGGGAGCCGGCGAUCGUCGCAGUGACCCGCGCUGACCCGCAGGCGGCAGACGGACGGUGAACGGCCGCGGAGGAGCAGCGCCGCUAGAGCUCGGACGAUCGCCGCUCAGACCCGUCAGUAUUGCUGUUGCUCCUGUCGUCGUUGCUGCUGCCUACUGCAAUGUCGGCACCGACCACGCGGAAGUCUCAGUGGAAGAACCCGUGCGCCAUCGACCAGUCGCUGCUGCUGGACGGCGCCGGCGACAUGAACAUGCCGACCUCCUCGGACGCCCAGAUCCUGGAACGCAUCAUCAACCUCAACCGGGUGGUGCGGCCCAAGGUGGACGAGCUGAUGGAACAGUUCGUACGGUCGACGUACCACGCGGACCAGUCGGAGAUGCUGCGCGACUGGGGCCACCACAACAUGAGCUGGCUCGGCUUCGUGCGCGCCACCAUCGACCAGGCGGAGGCGCAGCUGGCGCAGCAGGACGCGGCCGACGGCGGUCCGAGCGCCAUCAGCCUCGGCUCCGCGCUCCGCACCCACUUCGCCAAUCUGCAGCGACUGGCCAUCGGCUUCGAGCAGAUGACCGUUGACGCCGCGCUGUAUGGCGACCCGAAUCUGGACGCGUUCCGGCGCCUGCAGGCCGACCUUAUGCAGCUGCUCUGCGAGCUGCAGAUCGCGCUGCUGGAGAAGCGGCUGGCCGCCGACAGCUCAGUCACUGCCGACAUCAUGGGCCAGGACGUGCGAGACAUGGACAGCAGCCGCGGGCGCAACCUCCGCAACUGGGUCAUCAUCCGCGAGUACAUAAUGUACCUCGCCCACCUGGACAAGGUGUUCGGCGCGCUGCGCCGCCGGCUCCCCGACGAGUGAGCCGCUGGAGCAGCCAGAUGCAGCCGCGGCUAUCAGACGCGCCGGGCCGCGCGGCUCCGCAGGCCGGCGAGCAGCGGCGCUG